AUGGUGACGAUCUGUACCUACAAUGCACGUACACUUUCAUCCGAGUCCUCGACAGAAGACCUGUUCAUGCAAGCAAGAAGGAUAAAGUACGACGUCAUCGGCAUGGCCGAGAUGAGAAGAAGCCAGCCUUUCAACGCCGUCUAUGACACCGGAGAAGAACUGCUCCUCGGAACAUGCGACAGUAGAGGAGUCGGCGGCGUCGACAUUCUCGUCAACGCGAGUUUGUACAUGAACAUCGAUUCAUUCGAACAACUUACAAUCCGGAUCGGACGUUUACGAGAUCUUUGUCGCUUACGCGCCGACAUCAAACUAUGA